UAAAAACGCGGUGGUAAGCUCUGAAACCAUUGUAAAGUUACACUGGUUACAAUACAACAUGGUUUGGAUUUGGAGCCUAAUUGUACUUGGAAUAGUUGUCGGCGCAACGGGGAAUGGCUCCGAACAAACUCCCGAAACAACUACUGUGGAUCCCUACACUGCACUCGAUAAGACAAUAACCAAUGAUCUUGAGAAUAUUGUAACCAAAUAUGAGCGUGAAUGCAUGGGUAAUUCUGAGUUCACACGUAAUCUUGACCUCAUACGCAAAGCGGUAAAAUUGGACAAAAGUCGUUUGUUAGACAAGGUAGAAGCAAGAAUAGAAUUUAAUAAGUACAAUGAGCAACGCAUUUUAAUCGAACGACAAAUUGAUGAGUGCAUAGAGGCCCUCAAUAAUAUCCUGCCUACCCAGGAACCGAAUAGUUAUUGCUCUGAAUUUUACUUGAAGCAAAGAGAAGAUCUUAGGAAGGCUAAAUCACUAUCCAAUCUAGAAAAAUCAAACACUUUAUUAAUUAACAAAGCAAUUUGCACUAUCAGGGAUAAUUAUGAUGACGAUUCUCUUUACUAGCAUAAUCAGAUGCCACAAGACAAUGCAGUCUAAGUGAAAUAUAUUUACAUAUAUUUAUAACUAAAUUUUAAAAUUUAAUUAAUUGAAUUAAUUAAAAUAUAUAUAUGAUACUUGUGAACAUUCAAAUUGGAGAAAUGAUUAAUAC